UGUCUGUUGACUCAGUGAUGCUAUCUAACCAUCUCCUGCAUCAGUUAAUAUCCAUCACUGUACAUAGUUAAUUUUUUUCUUAUGAUGAGAACUUUUAAGAUCUACUCUCAGCAACUUUCAGACAUACAAUAUAGUAUUAUUUACAACAGUCACCAUACUAUACAUCCUCCAUGAUAUUUACAUUGUAACUGGAGGUUUGUACUUUUUGACUUUCCUCACCUAUUUUACUUACCCCCACCCCUGCCUCUGGGCAACCAAUGCAUGCAGUGUUUUACAUGUGCUGUAUUACUCUAUCUAAAAGUACACUCUCAAACUCUCCAUUAUGUUACUGUCUCAUUAGUGUUUUAUUGUCUACGUGACACUUGAUGUUACUUGAAAUAAUUUCUUUAAAUGUAAACUCUGCAAGAGCAGGGAUCUUGUCUGUUUCAUUGUUUGUAUCCCCUGAGCUUAGGAUAGAACUUGAUACCUAAGCAAAGCUCCAGAAUUUGUGUUGAACAAAUAAAUGAAUAAAAAUAAAUUCUGGCAGGGAACCCCUGGUGGUCCAGUGGUUAGGACUUGGUGUUUUCACUGCAGAGAGCCCAGGUUCAGCCCCUGGUCAGGGAACUAGGAACCCACAUGUCACAUGUGGUGACCAAAAAUAAAAACAAAAACAAACAUUUUGGCAUAUAUAAUGUCUGGCAUCUAUGGUGUCUGGUGCAUGUAACAGUAGGUUACUAGAUGGUAACAUACUAAUAGUGUGUGUUAGUCACUGCUGUGUUAAGGAGGCAGGUGCAAAGCCACCAUACACGCCCCUAAGUUCAGUUGAGUGGAGGACACACAUAUAAAUAAGGGGGACAUUUCUAAAAGAAGUGUGUCCAGAAUGCAAUUUGGGCUCAGGAAGGAGGGGAAGGUUAGAGCAGACUUCAGAGAAGUAACCAACGAGGAGAGGUUCCUGCUAGUAGCUGGUGGCCAUGUGUUGUAUGGGUAGGGAAGAAUGGGAGGGGAAGUAGCCUGUUGAUUGCUUCUCCCUUUCCCCUACAGGAAUUUUUCACGGACAACCUAUGGGGCACACUCCCUUGCUCGUGGCAGGAAGCACUGGAUGGACUGAACCCGCCACAGCUGGCCACGCUGCUGCUGGGGAUGCCCAGAGAAGGGGAAGUGGCCAGUCCACAGCCUAUGCCCUGGCCUUUACCCGGACGCCUGGGUUUCAGACCCCCUCAGAGUUCCUGGAGAAUCCCAGCCAGAGUUCCCGGCUGACAGCUCCAUUCCGGAAACAUGUCAGGCCCAAGAAGCAGCAUGAGAUUCGGAGGCUGGGAGAGUUGGUGAAGAAGCUGAGUGACCUCACAGGCUGCACCCAGGUUGUGGAUGUAGGCUCAGGCCAGGGCCAUCUCUCCCGCUUCAUGUCCCUGGGGCUGGGGCUGACGGUAAAGAGCAUUGAAGGGGAUCAGAGACUGGUGGAGAGAGCCCAGCGCCUAGACCAGGAGCUCCUACAGACUCUGGAGAAAGAGGAGAAGAGGAACCCAAAGGUGGUCCACACUGGCCCUCGUCACCCCCCACACCACGUAGUUAGGUGGGUAGACCCCACGGCCCUGUGCGAGGAGCUCCUGCUUCCACUGGAGACCUCACCUCAGAGCGGGGCCCGCCUGCUGCUGACGGGCCUCCACGCCUGUGGGGACCUGAGUGUCGCCUUGCUGAGGCACUUCUCCUGCUGCCCCGAGGUGGUGGCCCUGGCUUCAGUGGGCUGCUGCUACAUGAAGCUGAGUGACCCUGGCGGCUACCCACUGAGUCAGUGGGUGGCCGGGCUGCCCGGCUGUGAACUGCCCUACAGGCUUCGGGAGGGGGCCUGCCAUGCCCUGGAGGAAUAUGCUGAGCGGCUACAGAAAGCAGGCCCCAGCCUCCGAACCCACUGCUAUCGCGCAGCACUGGAGACCGUCAUCCGGGGUGCCCAGCCUGAGCUCCGGCGGCCAGGCGUGCAGGGGAUUCCCAGGGUCCACGAGCUCAAGAUUGAAGAAUACGUGCAGCGGGGGCUACAGCGGGUGGGGCUGGACCCCCACCUGCCACUGAAUGUGGCUGCCCUUCGAGCUCACCAGGCCCAAGAGAACCGUGUAGUGGCCUUCUUCAGCCUAGCCCUACUGCUGGCCCCACUGGUGGAGACUCUGAUUCUACUGGACCGGCUGCUCUACCUUCAGGAGCAAGGCUUCCACGCUGAGCUCCUGCCAAUCUUCAGUCCUGAACUCUCUCCAAGAAACCUGGUUCUGGUGGCCACCAAAGGGCCUCUAGGUGAGGCCUUCUCUCUUCUGGAGACUGAAGAUAGCUGACGCAGCCAGAGGAAGGGCGCAUCUCAGACCCCAUCUGAAACUGCCAGGCACCACGAUGGGAGGCAGUCUUCGCCACCUCAGCCAGAGAACCAGCAUCCUGCAUCCUCCCUGGCAUCUGGGUUCCCUACAAACCAGCGUCAUACCCUUUCUCUCCCUGUGUAUGUUAUAUAAUAUUAUGCAGAAGUUUAUUUUCAACUUAUUAAAAAAUUGAAAUCUG